AUGACUGCAUCUUUUCAAACACUACCAGUUGAACUUUUUUAUCGUAUUCUCGAUAAACUUGAUAUAUUAACAAUUAUUAUAUCCUGUCGUAACGUUUGCGCAAGACUCAAUGCAAUAACAGACAGCUACGAUCGAUACCAGAAAAUAAAGACUCUAGAUUUUCAUGGUAAUCAUAUCGGUUAUCAUGAAGCGUAUCACUUGGCCAAUGCAUUAAAAAAUGAUAAGGUAGCACUUACAACAUUAAAUCUUAGUAAUAAUUCUAUCGGCUAUCAAGGAAUAUAUUAUCUUACCCAAAUAUUGGAAAGCAAUACUACACUUAAAAAUCUAAGACUAAAUCGCAGUUCGAUUGGUGUUGCAGGAGCACAUUUUCUGGCUAAUGCAUUGAAAAAGAACACCAAUCUAACAGUUAUAGAAAUUCAACAAAAUAAAAUUGACAAUGAUGGAACAAACUAUUUAGCUAAUAUGCUGAAAUAUAAUAAGACACUUACUACAUUAGAUUUAGCGCAAAAUCAUAUAACCGAUGAAGGAGCAAAAUAUUUAGCUAUUGCAUUGCGUGAUAAUUCAACACUCAAAACUUUGAAUCUUAGUAAUAAUCGUAUCCCAGCCAACGGUAUACAUUCUCUUGGUAAUACAUUAGAAAUUAACACAUCAUUGACAACACUCCACUUUCGUUGUAAUCGUAUUGAUCAUGAAGGUGCACAAUAUCUGGCUAAUGCAUUAUGUACUAACAAAACACUUACAACGUUAGAUCUCACUAAUAACAACAUCGAUAACGAAGGAGCAACAUAUCUAGCUAAUGCAUUAGAAAAUAAUACAAGUUUUGAUACUGACGAAAGUGAUUAUGAUAAUUUUGACGAUGACAAUAGUUCUAUCAAAAAACCUCCGCUUCCUGACAACUGCCAAGAUGAAGUUCAAGGUAUUGACGAUAUAUCUGCAUGUUUUAUGAAUCGUUACAAUGCUUGUCCAGUAUUUUAUCGAGAUUCUCUUGACAACGCUUGUCAAGAAGCAUUCAAAUCGACAAUCAUCAAAGAACGUCGUCCAGUACUUCUCUAUAUACAUCAUGAUCGGAGUACCUACACGAAUGUCUUUUGUUCAAAUAUUUUUUGUUCAGAGACUUUGAUCGAAUAUUUACUUGACAAUUAUAUUGUUUGGCCAUGGGAUAUAACAUAUGAGUCAAACAGAAACAAAUUGAUACAAAUCUGGGAAAAAUUGUCACCUGCUAAACCUUUGGAGAAUUACUCUCUGGAACAAUAUCCAUUGCUUAUUGGUAUAAUGCGAAAAUCUUCAAAAGAAAGUCCGUGGUUAUCUUCAUCUGAAUAUGAAUGGAAACUAUUGCUCACACGUGACAGAUUAACGCGCACUCAAGAGGCAGUUACCCGUGAAACAUUAAAACAAGAAUUAGAGACCUUUAACAAAGAAUGUCAUGAUCACGAAGAAACUUUGUCAUUCGACUUCAGUGCUCGUAGUGGUCUUUGUUCAAAAGUCAUGCUUGAAAUAGUUCAAUACCUUUCAUUAAAUGAUAUGGUAAAUGCAUUUUCUAGUAGCAUUCUCCCAUUAUUAUAUGAACAUGAAACAAAAGUACAUAUAUCUCAAACGAGCACAGCCUUUUUCAAUAUGGUUCUUUGGAAAAUCAGACCUGAACAGAUUGUUUCUUUACGUCUUAAUCCUAGUCCAUUAUUUCCAGAGAUUCCUUCAUUUAUGUUAAAUAGCUUCAGCAACCUUAUCUCACUCACUCUUGUCAAUCCAAUGCAUGUUGGGGAAAUUAACAAAUAUGCUUUUUAUUUUCCAAAAUUAAUCUGCCUUUCAUUGUACUAUGACAAUGAAGCUGAUUUCUUAGAAAUAAGAAGUAUUUUAUCACAAAUUCGCGAGCCCAUCAAACGAUUCGAAAUCCAUUGUGCUGGAGCAUUCUGUACGCAUUAUAACGGAUAUGAACUGUAUCAAAGUAGUUUACAGGAUUGGAAUGUUGAAUAUUUUCUCAUUGAAAUAGGCCCGCUUCUUUUGCCUUCAAUGAGCCAGUGUAUUCAAGGAUGUAAAUCAUGUUUUCUGGCUACAAUAUUAAAAUUCAUUAAUACCAUGGUCAAUGUUCGACAUGUUCGUCUUAUUACCGAUAAGUGUAAUCUUGAUCAAUUUUUAGAUUGGAAUGAAUGGAAAAAUUCGACGAGCAACUGUAAAAAAUUAAAGACGAUAACAGUGGAAACAUGGACACAUACUUCGUCGGGAGAACGAUAUGUAGAGAAGGCAAUGGAAUUCUACACAUGCCCUCAAAAUCAUCAAACAAUUACCGAUUAA